UGUCAAAACGUCAAACUACGUUUCGAGGCGGGAGCUCGUUUCUGUCUUGAAUUGUUUACAAAUUUGGAAAGAAUUGUGCGCGAAAUACUAGAAAAGAUGGCCAAAAGGGCUGCUGAGGCAUUUGAGGAUGAUUUCAUGGAGGAUUCCAAGCGGGCUAAACCACAGUCCAGCAAGAAACACACAUUGGAUUCGGACGAGGAAGACAGUGGCGAGGAUGAUGAGAGAUACAAUAUUAUGAAUGAAAAUGACAUCGAAGGCGAAGAGGAAGGCAUCUCAGGGAUGGACGGAGAAGUUAAAAUCACUCCGUUCAACAUGAAGGAAGAGUUGGAGGAAGGACACUUUGACCGCGAAGGGCACUUUCAAUGGAACAAAGAUAAGGAAAUCAAGGAUAAUUGGCUGGAUAACAUCGACUGGGUGAAGGUUAAAACCGACAAAAAAUACAUCGAAAAGACGAAUCGCGGAUUGGCCGACUCAAGCGAUUCCGAAGGCGACGAACCUGGCAAACGUUUCAAUGAGGUCGAAACCUACAAACAAAUAAUUGAGCUAAUGCGACCUGGCGAGACAGUAAAGAAAACUCUUCUGCGACUAGGGGGUGCCACAGCCAAAUUAUCCUCAGCGGAGCGAUGGAAACGCAAAAAGGCCGGAAUAGUCGACGAAAAUGCCGCUCUGGUCACCAAACUCACCGAGUUGACAAACAACAUCCUAACCGAGCUGGGAAACAUGGACGUCUACCAGGAGACUUACGAACAGAUCCAGUCGAAAAUCAAUCGAAAGUCAAAGAAUGCCGGGGCGAGUAGCAGCAACGCUGACCAGGAGCUCGACAUGUACGCGGAUGAUUUUGAGACGAAAGAACAAUCAAAGUUGGGAUCAAAAUCAGAGGAUACAAAGGUUGAAGAGAAGGAGGACAGCAAGGAAGAGGAGGAGGAGGAGGAAAAAGUCCUUCGAUGGGAAUAUAAAUGGAAGGAUUCCGAUACAGAGAUCCACGGGCCGCAUACCACCGAGCAAAUGCUGAACUGGAGCAACGAUGGCCACUUCAAAGACGGAGUGGUUGUCAGGAAAGUUGGGGAAGACACAAAGUUUUAUUCCAGCAAUCGAAUCGAUUUCGAUCUUUAUUUAUAGUUUUUCUAUGGAAUGAGAUUGUGUUCGGGUUGCAGAUUUGAUGUGUUUUAUGUGUAUUGUUGUUUGAUAGGGAAAAGAUUGCAUUUACAGUUAGUGAAAUGAGGAGAAAUUGAAGUUUUUUUAUUA